UUUCAUGAAUACUAUUAGUAUGACCAGUGUAAUCGACUUAUGAACUCUAGUCAAAAUGAAGUGGUUUUAAAAUUGUUUUAGAAUGAAGCAAACGCCGGUCAUAUAUAUGAUGAAAUUAUUGUUGGCGGCUUUCCGUCAAUGCUCUUUCAACGGCGGGCGUAACACGAAAUUCUAAACUCGUAUAACGAACAUUCUUGCUGUUAUGAAUGCGCGCGAAAUUCCCCAACGAGAAAAACGUUUAGGAUGAGCUCAAGCGCGUUUCUCCACGCGGCAACACUCUCCCACCUCGCCGCCACUCGCGUCUCUCCGUCCUCCCCUACGUCAUCUUCCGCCCCCGUCACCGCUGCUCCGGCCGCCGCUUGCUCUUCCAUGGCUGCCUCCGCGAGAAUCGCCGUCGUCGGAGACGUGCAUGAUCAAUGGAAUCUAGAGGAAGACACGAAGGCUCUUCAGCUCUUACGGCCGGAUCUGGUCCUGUUCACAGGUGAUUUUGGGAAUGAGAACGUUGAACUCGUGCAGAGUAUCGCAGAUCUUCAGUUCCCCAAAGCAGCUAUAUUGGGGAAUCAUGAUUCCUGGACUACCCAACAGUUCUCUACAAAGAAAAAAGAUCGCAUCCAACUUCAACUGGAAAGUCUCGGUGAUGAGCAUGUAGGGUACAGUCGUCUGGAUUUUUCAGAACUGAAGAUCAGUGUCGUUGGUGGACGUCCAUUUUCUUGUGGCGGUGAUUAUCUGUACCGGAAAAAGCUCUUGACUGCAAGAUAUGGCGUCCAAGACAUGGAAGGAAGUGCCAGGAGAAUAUACAACGUUGCUUUGGGUACUCCAGAAGACAAUUUGGUUAUUCUUCUCGCACAUAAUGGACCCACAGGUCUCGGCUCUAAUCUAAACGACAUUUGUGGGAAAGAUUGGUCAGUUGGUGGUGGUGACCAUGGUGAUCCAGAUCUAGCACAAGCCCUGUCACGCCUAAAAGAUUCCUCGAACUUACACAUCCCUUUGAUUGUCUUCGGUCACAUGCACAAACAGCUGGCAUAUCGCGCUGGUCUUCGAAAGAUGAUCGUAGUUGGUCACGACGACACUAUCUACCUGAACGGUGCCAUCGUGCCUAGAGUGAAACCUGUGAACCGUGAACCACGAGCUACCCAGGAAAGCGAAGGCACGCUGCGAGCCUUUACUUUAGUCGAAAUCGUGGAGGGUAGAGUGGAGAAGAUUGCAGAAACUUGGGUCUCGGUUGCGAGAGAUGGUGGCACGGCUAUGGCAGAGGAGCUCGUGUUGUUCGACGGCAAGCCAUUAGGGUGAAUUCCAGAGCUUUUUUUUGACUUUGAGCUCCAUUGUUGGUCACUCCCUUUCUUGUAUUGUAUGUAUAUUUAUGGUUUAUCUGCUUGACUUGUAUCAACAAUUAGAGGGUGUCCUUAUUGUUGUUUUUCGUAAGGUAGAUAUAUUAUGAAACCCAGAGUAGUGAGAAGGUGAGCUGUCAAUCAUCGGUAUUGUCUCUGUAGUUGACAACAUACAUUGGUGCGAUGCACGUUAAUGUGAUUUGAUCAUGGAGGGUGAUGGCGCAAGAACACUAAAAGUCAGCCUGCUAAGAAAUAAGAAAACUUGAU